AUGGCUGGUUUGGAGUUGGGCUCGUCGUCCCACUUUGUGUCUCAGCUUCAUAGGCCCGACCUCCAUCUCCAGAGGCCCGACGACUCCGAGGAUGAUCACUCCAACCGCAACCACCACUUAUCCGGCGACAAUUCCUACCCAGACGCCGCGGAGGCCCGCCGGCCGCGCGGCCGGCCCCCGGGAUCCAAGAACAAGCCGAAGCCCCCCGUCAUCAUCACCCGGGAGAGCGCCAACACGCUCCGUGCCCACAUCCUGGAGGUGGGCGGCGGCACGGACGUGUUUGAGGCGGUGGCAGCGUACGCGCGGCGGCGGCAGCGCGGGAUCUGCGUCCUGAGCGGGACGGGCACGGUGGCCAACGUCAGCCUGCAGCAGCCGGCGUCGGCGGGGGGUGUGGUGGCCGCCCUCCAGGGACGCUUCGAGAUCCUGUCGCUGUCCGGGUCGUUCCUGCCGCCGCCGGCUCCUCCGGGGGCCACCACCCUGUCGGUGUACCUGGCCGGGGGACAAGGGCAGGUGGUGGGCGGGAAUGUGGUGGGCCCACUCAUCGCGUCGGGCCCCGUCAUCAUUAUAGCUGCGUCCUUCACCAACGUGGCGUACGAGAGGCUGCCGCUGGAGGAGGAGGAGGAGGAGAUGACCGGGAUUCAGAUGCAGGCGCCAGCUUCUGUGCCAACGGGAGGCAGUCAUCACUUUCCAGAUCCCUCGCUGGGGCUUCCCUUUCUGAAUAUGCCCAACGAAGGCCAGCUUCAGAUGGAAGGCGGCUGGGGGAAUUCCGCCGGUGGCCGGCCACCCUAUUAG